AUGGAGCCCCAGUACCAGACCGGCUGGGCUCCCCUCUCAGCAGACCUAAACUCCACCCCUCCCGCCACACCCUCCUUCCUCUUCUCCCCCUGUCCCGUCUUGUCCAACUUCUCCUCCAACAUGUCCACUCAGAGCGUCCCGUUCCAGGGCAGCAGCACUCUGAUGACCGCGGUCAUCUCCUUGACAGUUUUCAUAGUGGGGCUGACCGGCAACACCUUGGCCAUCUACGUGGUGCUGCGCUAUGCCAAAAUGAAAACCGUGACCAACAUCUACAUCCUAAACCUGGCUGUGGCCGACGAGCUCUACAUCAUUGGGCUCCCCUUUCUCACCACCCAGAAUGUGCUCUCCUACUGGCCCUUCGGUUCCUUCCUGUGCCGUGUCGUCAUGACUGCAGACUCUAUGAACCAGUUCACGUCCAUUUUCUGCCUGACAGUGAUGUCCAUCGACCGCUACCUGGCCGUGGUGCACCCCAUCCGCAGCACCAAGUGGCGACACCCCCGUGUGGCCAAGGUGGUCAGCGCAGCUGUGUGGGCUGUGUCCUUUGUGGUAGUCCUGCCUGUGGUCAUCUUCUCCGAUGUCCAGGACACCUUUAAUUCAUGUAACAUGAUCUGGCCAGAGCCCAAGGAUGUGUGGUCAACAGCCUUCAUCCUCUACACUGCCACACUCGGCUUCUUUGGACCGCUGCUCAUCAUCUGCCUCUGCUACCUCCUCAUCGUCGUCAAGGUGAAAUCCUCGGGCGUGCGGGUGGGAUUCAAAAAGCGUCGGCGUUCAGAGCGCAAGGUGACUCGGAUGGUGGUGGUGAUCGUGGUGGUGUUCGUGCUCUGCUGGCUGCCUUUCUUCAUCAUCAACAUGGUCAACCUGGUGGUCAUCAUUCCAGAGUCCAGCGUCACCGCAGGGAUCUACUUCUUCUCGGUCAUCCUGUCCUACGCCAACUCCUGCGCGAACCCGCUGCUCUACGGCUUUCUGUCAGACAACUUCAAGCAGAGCUUCAGAAAGGUGCUGUGCGUGAGGAGUUUGCGGCGCAAGGCUAAUGGUGUAGAGGACGGAGACCCCAGCGCCCCGCGGACAGAGAAGACCACCGCACAUGACUGCUCUCUGCUCUCCCCACAUAACCGUGACUACCAUGACCCACAGAGCAGCCAGGUGUCUCCUCACCUUCCAGACUCACCUACCUCUCAUGCAGCAGCAGUAGCAGACCUGCAAUCCUCCCAUUCAACAUGUCGAUCUCCCUCCCCUGGUCUGCGAAUAGGACCCACCGCUACCAUGAUGACCUCCAUGGUAACGGCAACCCCUGCUGAAGCACCCACCACCAUCACCCCAACUCCACCAUUGUCCUCCUCUUCCAUGGCUCCACAGGAACUGUGA